AUGGAUGUUCAUCUUUUGAUAUAUGACCUCUCAAGAGGCAUGGCGCGCCAGAUGUCGGCCGGCUUACUCGGCUUCCAACUGGACGCCAUUUACCACACAUCAAUUGAGCUCAACGGCCUCGAGUACGUCUAUGACGGCGGCAUCGUCGCCAUCCGGCCCGGGUCGUCACACCUCGGCCAGCCGCUUGAACGGCAGCUCCUGGGACAGACUCACCUCCCGAUGGACGUCAUCGAGACGUACCUCGGCUCGAUGCGCUCCGUCUACACAGCCGAGGCCUACGACCUCUGGAAGCACAACUGCAACAACUUCUCAAACGACUUUGCCACCUUCCUAUUGGGUCAUGGCAUCCCGGACAAGAUCCUGAACAUGCCGUCAGAGGUCCUCGAGUCGCCGCUCGGCCGCAUGCUGAUGCCUGCACUGGACCAGCAGGUGCGGGCAAACAGGGAGCAGAACGGCGGUGGCAUGCUCGGCAUCGGGCAGAACGGGAGCGGCCGUGCUGUACCGCAUGCAAGCUCACCGUCCCGGGCAGCCAGCCACCGGGUCCGCCGGGCUUCAAACCUCAGAGAUCUGGAUUCCCUUCUGACACAAGCCCGAAGCUCAUGUGCCGUCGUAUUCUUCACAUCUGCCACCUGCCCGCCAUGCAAGAUGCUGUAUCCAAUGUACGAGGAGUUGGCCGAGGAGGUGGGUGAUAGGGGCUUCGUCAUCAAGACGGACAUAUCUGUCGCUCGAGAUGUCGCUGCCAGGCACUCGAUCACCGCCACGCCCACUUUUAUUACUUUUCUCAAAGGCGAGCAGGAAAACAGGUGGAUGGGUGCCGACCCCGGUGCGCUCAGGGGCAACGUCCGCCUGCUCGUCCAGAUGGCGUGGCCGCCACACCCCCAUCAAGGCCUCCGGCUGCCGACCAUAGCAAAGACCGACCCCAAACCCGUGCUCUUCACCAAGGCGCCACCCCUGCCGAAACUCACAGCAAAGAUGGGGGACAAGGUUGCCAAGGACCCUGCUGUGCAGGGCGUUAUUGGCUUCAUAAUGGGGAGGAAUUCGGACGGCGCCGCACAGGCUCACCUACCAGACGUCUCGGCAUUCUCGUCUUUCCUCGAGAUUUCGACCAAGACCUUGGCACCGGACGUGCUCUUCCCCUUGGUGGACGUGUUCCGCUGCGCGCUGAUCGAUCCGAGAUUCAGCGGCUGCUUCGCCGAGGAAAAUGACCACAGGACCGUUAUUGCGCUGCUGAGCAACGUCAACGAGCUGACGACCUGCCCAUACCCGCUCAGGCUCGUCACCCUUCAAGCGACCGCCAACUUGUUCUCCAGCUCGCUAUACUGGGAUCCAAUCUUGCGGCAUGACGGACUCAGGUCCCAGAUCAUCCGGCUGGUGUCGUCCAGUUUCCUCGACGAGGCCCACUCGAGCGUGCGCGUUGCGGCAGCCUCGGUUCUCUUCAACGUUGCCGUGGUCAACGGUAGGGCGCGAAUGAAAGGACCGUCGUCUCCGGGCUCCGCUAGCAGCGGCACCGGUGACCUCCUGCCCGACGAGGACCAAGUCGAGGUGGCAGCGUCUCUGGUGGAAGCCAUCUCUCAAGAGAACGAGUCCAAGGAGGGCCUCGAGGGCAUGCUCCUGGCGCUGGGGCAUUUGAUUUACUGCCUACCCCUGGACGGUGAGCUGGCGGACCUGAUCAAGACGCUAGACGCGAAGGCGACGGUGCUGGGCAAGAAGGAGGUUUUCAAGGACAUGCCGCUCAUUGACGAGGUCGGCUCGGUCCUGUUGGGAAGUCUCAAAUGA